AUGCGUUUCGCUCUGACUCUCACUGCCUUUGUCGGCUCUGUCGCCGCUCUGUCCAUCACCUCUCCCAAGAAGGACCAGGAUGUCGACCUCAGCGAGAAGACCACCGUCGAAUGGAGCUCUGUUAGCUCUGACCCCUCCACCUUCGACAUCUACCUCGUCAAGAUGAACUCCUACCCUCCCGUCAACAAGCUGGUCGCCGAGAACGUCAAGACCAGCGACGGCUCCUACACCAUUGACGGUCUCUCCGCCGACAGCGGAUCCGGCUACCAGGUCAACUUCGUCUCCAAGGAUCCCCAGAACUCCGGCAUCCUUGCCCAGUCCCAGCAGUUCAAAGUCGAGUCCUCCGGCUCCUCCACCACCUCCGACUCUGCUUCUAGCACCUCUGCUACUGGAUCUGCGUCUACCGCCUCUUCUAGCACCGGUACAGUCUCUAGCACUGCUUCUGCCUCUGCCACUGCCACUGCCUCUGCCUCUGCCUCUGCCUCCGCUUCCACCUUGAGCACCUCCGCCUCCGGCACUGCUUCCAGGACCUCCUCCCCCAGCGGCAGCGACACCACCGCCUCCGCUUCCAGCACCAGCACCGCCGCCGCCUCCCCAACGGUGCCGGCUCGCUCGCCAUCCCCGCCGGCUCUCUCCUGCUCGGCCUCGUCGCCCUCGCUCUGUAAACGUGAACCUGCGUCAUCUCAGAAACGAAUGAUCCGGUUCGCGCCCCCAGAAAUCUACUGAGGUAGAUAGAUAACAACCCGUGUACUGGACGUGUACUCCGUACUGCUUUGUAUGUAUAUGAGGAUCUGCAAUUCGCAUUAUUAGACUGUCUGUCCUUAUCACUAUCUAUCCUAUCCACAUAAUUAAUGCAAUGCUUUGCUUUUGCUUUUUGCCUUUUGCCUUGCGUGUUCUUUACUGAUAGAUCACAUUGUUCAAGAUUUCUUUUGUCUUGUAUUGCAUUGUGCUGCAUCCUGUACGAGACGGGCACAUACUUCAGGUACGACUUGUUUCAAGGCGUAUGCAAGGCGUUACCAUUGCAGGGAUGUGGGUACCUUAGGCAGUCUGUCACAUGUCUGCGUACUCCGUAUGGGGGGAGGUCACCUUAUUACAGGAGUCAGACUUACGUAAUCAUUUGAAACCUAUGCCACAAGACCAAUGGAAGACAUUUUGUGCGGCUAAGUCGGAUAUUUUCAUGGCAGAAGACG